CUCGGUUUCUCCGCGAGAGGCGGCCGUGCACCUAGGAAUUAACCGGCCGGCGCGCGAGGGAGGGGCGCGGCCGGCGGGGCGGGGGUGCGGAGCGCGCGAGAAGAAGAAGAAGAAGAUCGUGGUUGCGGUCGCUGCCCGACGAGGAAUUCGGAGGCGGCGCGAGGCCCGGCGCUCGCGCGGCGCCGGGAGCCGGGGACGGAGGCCGGCAUGAGGCUGGCGGCGCGGCGCCUGUGAAGAGGGGCGGCGGCGGCGGGGACCUCGGCGCGGCCGGGGCCGUGGUUUGCCAGGCGGGGGAGGCGGGACGCCCGCCGCACCCCUCAGCCGCCGCCUCGUCGGGCCGCCCGGCCGGCUCCAGGCUCCUCCAGGCCGCGGGGGCGCGGCGCGGUCGUCUGCCCGCGGGGGCGCGGCCUCCCGGCGUCGCGGCGGCGGCGGCGGCGGCGACAAGGACGAGCGCGAAGGGGAGCGGCCGCGAUGGCGCGUCCGCGGCCCCGCGAGUACAAAGCGGGCGACCUGGUGUUCGCCAAGAUGAAGGGCUACCCGCACUGGCCCGCCCGGAUUGAUGAACUCCCAGAGGGAGCUGUGAAGCCUCCAGCAAACAAGUAUCCUAUCUUCUUUUUUGGUACCCAUGAAACUGCAUUUCUAGGUCCUAAAGACCUUUUUCCAUAUAAGGAAUACAAAGACAAGUUUGGAAAGUCAAAUAAACGGAAAGGCUUUAAUGAAGGACUGUGGGAGAUAGAGAAUAACCCAGGAGUAAAGUUCACUGGAUACCAGGCAAUUCAGCAACAGAGCUCUUCAGAAACGGAGGGAGAAGGCGGAAAUCCUGCAGAUGCAAGCAGUGAGGAGGAAGGUGACAGAGUAGAAGAAGAUGGAAAAGGCAAACGGAAGAAUGAGAAGGGAGGCUCAAAACGGAAAAAGUCAUAUGCUUCAAAGAAAUCUUCUAAGCAGUCCCGGAAAUCUCCAGGAGAUGAAGAUGAUAAAGAUUGCAAAGAAGAGGAAAACAAAAGCAGCUCUGAGGGUGGAGACGCCGGGAAUGACACAAGAAACACAGCAUCAGACUUGCAGAAGACCAGCGAGGGGACCUAACUACCACAAUGAAUGCUGCAGAAAAAGAGAAAUCACAAGAAGGUCCAUGUUUGGUUGUCUAGUAUUCUUGGAUUUGAUAUGAACCAACACAUAGUCCUUGUUGUCACUGACAGACCCCAGUUUGUAUGUCCAUCAUUCUCAUUCCUGUUAUGUUGGAGAAGAGACAUCUUAGCCAUUUUUAAGGCUACUGAUUUCAUUUUAUGUGAGCUGGUUGCAUGAGGUCGCCCUUGACACUGGGAAUAUCAAGGUUUUUGCACAGACUUCUGUCUUGGAUCCUCUUAUCAAGGCAUUACACUCACCAUCUUCCUGCCUUCACUGCACCAUCACUAAACUCAGUUAAAUGUUAAUUAGCAUUUUUAGAUGACCCCUCAAAAUAAUGUUUCAGGAUGGAAUCUUCUGUCUUUGUCAAAGCCCAGAGUUGAUCCCUAGAUACAUAACGCUGGUAUAUUGAAGAUGAAAUGAAAGUUGUCCUUCAGUUUUGAGGCCACAUGUAAAGUUUAACCAUACUGUACAAUAUCUAUUCUGUAUUAGAAAUAGUAGUUGACAGCUUAUACUUUUCAAAAUUCAUGUCAUGUACACAAACUGAGUUUUCUAUAUGUGAAGUUAGUGAGUCUUUUUGUGUUACUCCAAAAUAAAGGCAAUGAUUUAUUUUUUCCCAAAGCCAGUACAACUUGAGCUAAUCACUUGACAGACACUCGACGUUCCCGCUGAAUUGGUCAGCACCCCCGUGGGACAGCAGACACAGCGUUGACUUUUCAAUAUGGAUUUUAAAAUGGACUCUUUUCUUUUGGACUCUAGCGCUCACCCACAAGCCAUUGUUACGUGGACAUUGUUGUCGCUGUUGUGAGAGAGAGUUUUAUUUAUUUUUAUGCCGGCUCGUACCGUGAGAACACUUAGUCGGUUUGGAUUUUAUCAAUCCUGUUAUGCUCGUCCUUGGAACAUUUUUCACGUAUUCGAGGUUUGUAGUUGAAGAGUUUACUGUAAAAGAAAAAAUCAAAAACAAAAAAAUGUAUUGUUUUUACAGAAUAAAUUUAUUGGAAUGUG